AUCCUUCUGCGAGUACAGCAUCCCUCCAGUUACAGCAUCGCCUCCAGCUACCGCAUCCCUCUCCGGGUACCGAAUUCCUCCGCGUACCGAAUCCCUCCGGCAGCUGCACCCCCUCCCUCCUGGUCCCCCCAUCCCCGCGGGGCGCUGCCUCCCUCCCUUCCUCUCGGCCCGGGAUCGAAAGUGAAAGCGAAACGGGGAAACCAGCGGCUUUGGCCACGCCGGGAAUGUCCGUGACAGCGCGGAACCCCCGGCCCCAUGGCGCGGCCGCUGCUGCCGCUGCUGCUGCUCUGCGCUGCCCUCGCCCUCCUGCUGCCCGGAGUCGCCGCCGACACCGCACGAUGCAGCCACCCCAAGGCCGUGGCCAACGCUCACAUAGAUGUGGGCAACAACACUCUGCUCAACACCCGCCUGCGCUACACCUGCAACCCGGGCUACAAGCGCAAAGCUGGAACCUCCAGCCUCAUCCAGUGCAUCGUCCACCACGGCUCCACCAAGCCCCAGUGGACUGACACCACGCUCCAAUGUAUCCGAGAUCCAGCUCUACAUCCACUGACUCCCAACCCUGAGUUCCCAAAGGCGCCGCACACCACGAGGAUGAUGCAAAGAGGAACCACUGAUGCCAGCCUGAGCGCCACCCCUUCUCCGGCACCAAUGCCCAAGCUGCCAGAAACAGCCAGCAGGUCACCCCUGACACCGGCAGCUAAUGGGUCAUCACCUGAGACGUCCACACCGUUGGAGAUAGCCCCACCACUGGAGACAUCCACAGUGGGAGAGGGGAUGGCCCCUGGGAUAUCCCUGGGGACAACCCCGCUGCCUUCUGACCCCAUGGACCACGCUGCAGUUUCCAUCCAGACCAUGGCCUCUUCCAUUGGACUGCUGGGGGUGGUGGUCGCUGGCAUCGUGGUCUGCUGCUGCUGGAGGAUGAAAAUGCGCGCCAGGCAGGACAGCGCAGUGACGGCCAUCCCCAUGGUGGCUUCUGCCACUGAGAACGAAGCGAUGUUGCCAUCCAGCAACUUCCCUGUGGGCUGAGCAUCCACCACCAGGCAACUCGGUGCAGCUGGAGCCUGG